AUGCAGAUGGCGAUAACAUGUGACUGUCCGAUGUCACAGCCGGGGCCGACGCUGGCGGCGGCAUGUGGGGGUGGCGCAUUCAUGCUCUUUAUGGGCUUGCUCGAAGUUUUCCUCAGGAGCCAGUGCGAUUUAGAAGACCCUUGUGGCAGAGCGCAGUAUCGCCGGCACAUGGACUCUGUGUACGACUUCAUAGUGGUGGGUGGAGGGUCUUCAGGUUCAGUAGUAGCAGCCAGGCUGUCCGAGGUACCACACUGGAGGGUAUUGCUCUUGGAAGCUGGUUUCGACGAGCCAACUGGCAGUCAAGUGCCAUCAAUGUUCCUGAACUUUAUCGGGUCCAGCAUCGACUGGGGGUACCGCACGGAGCCCGAGCCCGCCGCCUGCCUCGGUGAGGACGAACGACGAUGCUACUGGCCUAGAGGAAAGGUGCUAGGCGGCACGUCAGCUAUGAACGGCAUGAUGUACAUCCGCGGUUCACGCAAGGACUAUGACGCGUGGGCUGCUGCAGGAAUCGACGGUUGGUCGUACGAUGACGUAUUGCCCUACUUCAUCAAGUCUGAGGAUAACAAGCAGGCUGGAGAGAUGGACGCCGGCUACCACGGUACUGGCGGACCGCUCACUGUAUCGCAGUUCCCGUACCAUCCGCCGCUAAGUUACAGUAUUGUGAAGGCUGGUGAAGAAUUAGGGUACAAAUCCCGGGACUUGAAUGGCGAACAGCACACAGGAUUCGCGAUCGCUCAGACCACAAACAGGAACGGGUCCCGACUGAGUGUGGCGCGCGCCUUCCUCCGCCCGGCGCUCAAACGUCCCAACCUGCACGUGAUGCUCAACGCCACAGUCACUAAAGUUCUCAUCAACCAGAAAACACGACAGGCGUAUGCUGUUGAAGUUAGAAAUAGUUACGGUUCUAUGGAGACUAUAUUCGCUAACAAUGAAAUUAUUUUGAGUGCGGGAGCAGUAGCAUCACCACAGUUGCUCCAGCUGAGCGGUGUCGGGGAGCCGCGUGUGUUGGCACGAGCUGGUGUGCCAGUGGUACACUCGCUGCCCGCAGUCGGCCGCAACCUGCACAACCAUGUCACACACUUCCUUACCUUUAGUCUCAAAGACAACAACACCGCGCCGCUCAACUGGGCCACCGCUAUGGAAUAUCUGCUGUUCAGAGAUGGACUUAUGUCUGGCACUGGUAUAUCAGAAGUAACGGCAUUCAUAAACACAAAGUACGCGGACCCGGCGGGCGACAAUCCUGAUAUCCAGCUAUUCUUCGGCGGGUUCCUCGCAGACUGUGCUAAGACUGGCAUGGUCGGUGAGAGCCUCGGCAACGGGUCCCGCACCAUACAGAUCUUCCCCGCAGUACUCCAUCCCAAGAGUAGGGGACAUUUAGAGAUAGCUAGUAAUGAUCCCUUCGCCCAUCCGAAGAUUUAUGCAAACUACUUAACCCAUCCUGAUGACGUGAAAACAUUAAUCGAAGGUAUAAAGUUCGCAAUCAAGCUAUCAGAGACGAAGGCCUUGAAAAAAUACGGCUUAAAACUGAACAAGACUCCAGUUGAAGGCUGUGAAAAGUUCAAGUUCGGUUGUGACGCAUACUGGGAAUGUGCAGUGAGGAUGCAGACUGGCCCUGAGAACCAUCAGGCGGGGUCCUGUAGGAUGGGGCCCAGGGGAGACCCUAAUGCGGUUGUUGAUCAUCUACUGCAGGUGCAAGGUAUCGACCGUCUGCGUGUGUCAGACGCCAGCGUGCUGCCAGCAGUGCCAUCGGGCAACACUAACGCCGCUUGUGUGAUGGUCGGCGAGCGCGCAGCUGACUUCAUCAAGGAACGAUGGCUCUCGCAAGCAUACCCCACCGGCGCCGGCGAUGUGUCAAACGUGUUGACAGCUAGCGAGACUCGGCACGCCGCGCGGCCCUGGGCGCCUGACAAUGACACCGUGUUAACGCGUAGAAUUAAUAAUUACUAUUUUAUUAGGUAA